AUGGAAACUACAAAAUUAUUCUUGACAGAAGAAGUAAACCGAUUUGAUGAUGUGAAACCUAUUAUAAAGCCAGCUGAAGACAACGUUGAUACUCUCCAAGCAUUGGCAGAAGAAGAAAAAGAAAAACGCAAAUCCGGUAUAUUCAGUGGAAUAUUCAAAAAAGAAGAUGGAAAAGAAAGUGAGGACGAAAAAACAGAUAAUGAAGAUGAACAAACCAAAGCUAAAAGAAAGCCAAUUUUCGGUAAGAAAGCAAAGGCUUCACCAACAAAGGAAGUUAAACCAGUUGAUCAUGAGAAAACUGAAGCAAUUACAUCGCCAGCAGAAGAAACAAAAGAUAAAAAAGCUAAAUCAGGUAUAUUUAGUGGAAUGUUUACCAAGAAAGACAAAGCUACUGAAGAUUCAAAAUUGAUUGAAUACGAUGAAGAAGUAAAGACCACUUUAAAGAAUACUUCCGAUUUCAUAAAUGUAGAAAUCGAAAAGUAUCAUGAUGUCAAAGCCACGACCGAACCGACAAAAGGUGAAAAAGAUGAACCCAAAGAAGAGUCCACAGAGAAAGCCCAGAAGUCAAAAACAGGUAUUUUUAGUGGCUUGUUUAGUCCUAAAGACAAAAAAGAAGAUGAUCUUGAAAAGGUGUCUAAAAAGGAGAUUCAGCCUACUGAAACAGAUAAACCAGUUGACGAUACUAAACAGACAGAAGAUGUCGAAAAAGGCGUUCUUGAGGAAAAAUCAGAUAAAAAGAAGCCUGGAAUAUUCCAAGGUUUGUUUACGAAAAAAGAAAAAGAAGAUGAACCCAGGGAACCGAUAUCCGAAGAUGUUUUAAAAGCUAUGAAGAACACUCAUGAAUUUUUAGCCAAAGAAGUUGAGGUGCAUGAGGAUGUCCGUCUAUUAGUACCUGUUACAUUACCCGAUGCCGAAAUACCUGAAACUGAUUCCAAAAAGGAAAAAGCAAAAUCCGGUAUAUUCUCAGGUAUAUUUGGACAAAAAGACAAAAAGGAGUCAACUGAUGUCGAAAAAGUCAAAGCACAGACACCAAUAUUUGGCAAAAAGGGAUCGGAGGAGACCGAAGCAAAGAAAGACGUUGCUCCAUUGAUUCCAAUGCCAGAAGGAGACAAAACUACUAAAGUGGUUGAAACAACUGACUUAGAUGAAACUACCACUGAAGUCAAACAAAAAUCUGGCAUUUUGAGCAAAAUUAAAUCUCCAAUCUUUGGAAAAUCUAAGAAAUCUGAACCAAUUCAACUCACAGAGAAAACAAUUCAAGAAAUUAAAGAAACCGACAAUUUUAUAAAAAGAGAAGUUGAGGUGUUUGAAGACGUCCGUUUAGUAAAAAUUGAGAAAGAGAAGAGUGAUGUAGUUACAGAACAAGAUCAGGAAGAGGAUAAGGUACCCAAAAAGAAAACCGGAUUAUUAUCUGGCAUAUUUAGCAAGAAAGACAAAAAAUCAAUUGAUGAACCAACAGAACCUGUUGAUGAAGAUUUAAAGAAGAAAGCAGAAACUUCUUUAUUAGAAAAGAAAGCAGAUGCGCUGCCAGUAGUAGAAACAACCGUGAUUGACAUCAAAACUACCGACGACUUCUUGAAGAAAGAAGUUGAACUUCACGAAGAUGUGUGCAUAUCAACCACACUAAUUGCUAAGCCACUUAAAGAAGAACAAAUUGAAGAAAAACGAAAGUCUGGACUAUUUUCUGGACUUCUUGGUAAAAAAGAUAAAAAGGAAUCAACUGAGGAGACAAUACCAUCUGUUGAAACCAGCAAAGAAGUGAAACCUGCAAUUGCAUUAUCUGAGGAGGCAGCUUUAGGAAUAAACGCAACAAAUGAUUUCUUACAAAAGGAAGUUGAAGUCCACGAAGAUGUGCGCCCAGCGAUUGUGACGGCUGUCGUUACAUCAACAACAGUUCUAAGUGAUGAUGAAGAUAAGACAGAAAAACGUAAAAGUGGAAUAUUUUCUGGAUUAUUUGGUAAAAAAGAAAAGAAAGAAAUAUCUAUUGAAACAGAUCUACCAAAAGAGAAAGUUGAAAUAAUGGAAUCGGUAGAAAUUGAGACUGUUUCUGUACCUAAUGCAGAGGUACCUGAGGGAGUUGUAAUUCAUACUAAUGAAGAAAGAACCGAGAAAACAAAAUCCGGAAUAUUUGAUUCUAUCUUUGGAAAGAAAGAAAAACUUCCAGAGAAUGAAGAAGAAAAAAUAAAAGAACCGAAGAAAAUUCGUACUCCGAUAUUUGGUGUUAAGGACAAAAAGGAUAAAGCAAGUAAAGAUAUUAGUGAGGAAGUAUUGAAAUCAAUGAAUGAUACCGACAAAUUUUUACAAGACGAAAUAACCAAAUAUGAAGAUGUUAAAUUAGUUGUGGAAAUGCAGCCUCCAACUGAAGAGAAAGAAGAUAAACCAAAAGAUAUGGAUGUGACUAGUCCAAGUAAUUCUAAAAAAGUAAAGAAAGGAAAACGUGAUUCAUCCGAGAGUGGUGACGAGAGUGAUGCGUCUUCAAAGAAAUCUAAGUUUGGAUUAUUUAGUCGUAAACCAAAGACCACAAAAUCAGAUCCAAUUAAAGAAGCGCCAUCAAAAGAAGACAAAAUUGCUUUGUCUGAUGAAUGUAUUGAAAAUAUGAAUCAAACAGAUAGUUUCCUGAAAACAGAAGUCUUGAACCACGAAGAUGUUAUGUUGAAAUCACUUCAUGAGAGUAAGAUUGACUCUGAAGACAAAGAAACUACUGAAAUCAAAGAAACAAAGCACAAAGUCAAGAAACACAAAAAGAAACCGAAGCGAGACUCUUCCGAAAGUGGCGAAGAAAGUGAUACCGCUGCUCGCACAAAGAAGUUCAGAAUUUUCGGUAAAUCUAAAAAACGUGCGGAAUCUGCUCCAAUUACCGAAGCAUCUUCUAAAGAAGAUAAACUUGGUUUAUCUGCUGAGAUUAUUAAAACUAUGAAUGAAACUUCAGACUUUUUAACUACUGAAGUUAAAAAUUAUGAAGAUGUUAAGCUAUUGAGUGAAGAUGCUCCUAAAAUUAUUCAAGAGCCACCUGUAAAAGUUGACAAGAAGAAGAAGAAGCCAAAGCGUGAUUCAUCCGAGAGUGGAGAAGAAAGUGAUACCGGCCAUAAAAGUAGAAGAUUUAAUAUAUUUGGUAAGAAGAAAGCAAAAACUACUAGCAUGGAAAUUCCGAUACAAGAAGCAAGUUCCAGAGAAGAUAAUUUAGACAAAAUUGAGAUUCCUGAAGAUAAUGCAGAUAUAAUCGAGGAAAUAAUAACAAAAACCACUGUAGUUGUCAAAGAUGAUUCUUUUGGUAAUAAACUGGAUGAUACCAAAGAAUUUUUGGCAACAGAAAUUGAGAAUUUCGAAGACGUAAAACCAAUUGUAAUUGCAGAAGUUGUACAAGAUACUGAAGAGACUAAGAAAAAACGAGGAUUUGGUCUGUUUGGCAGAAAAGGCAAGGGUGUAAAGUCCGACUCUGAAGAUGAAUCUACUGAAGUGAAGGAAUCUAAAGGUAUAUUUAAAAUAUUUUCGAAAAAAUCAAAGAAAGAUGAAUCCGAUGACGAAAAGGAAAAACAUGUGACUAUAAGUAAAGUUGUUGAAGAAAUUCCAGACGCAACUGUAGCAGACGAAGUACUUGUUGUCACUGCAUCAGUAUUAGAGAGUUCUUCCUUGGCAACAAAAACUGAUAGUGAUGCAGAGAAAUUAACAGAAACUAAAACAACUAGCGCAGAAAAAGAGGAUGGCGAAAAAGAACCAGCCACUAUGAAAGUAAUUGAAGAAAUGACAUUGACACGAACAACAACAGACUUAAAUGUGCCUGAUGUGAAAGCACGUGAUGGUUCAACUGAAGACAAGAAAAUUAAAGUAGUGACAGAAGAAGUAGCACUCCAUAAAGAAGUUAUCAAGGAUAGUGUUGAUACUUAUGAAUUAACACUUGAUCAAAUUAAAAAUGGUGCUGAUGAAGAUCUUAAACGCUUAAUCGCACAACAAGAUUCACAAAAUAUCGUAACCAGUGAAUUUGAUGCUGAUGUUCAAAGGGUAGUUGAUGAUCUUGGUACUACGAUUGUAACUACAACAACAAGAGAUAGAGUUGAAGAAUUAAACGGUGGUUUGUUGGAGGGUACAUUUACAACGGUCGAGACGCAAUGUGUGGUGACAACCAAACAAGUCACAGAAGUUACUGAGACAUUAGUCAGUGACAAAAAUAAAAAUGUGACUGCUGAAAUUAAAGAUGGCAUUGAAGUUGGGCCAAGUGAAAUAGUCGAGAUUGAGCCAACUCCCAUUGAGUUGGUUGAUAAAAUGAAUGAUGCUAUAAAAGAUGUUGAGGCGAUUGCUGCUGCUGCAAGAGCUGCAACAGCUGCAAAAGCAAGUCAAUUGAAGCUUGACUUAACUAAUAAGAAAACGCCAGCGAUACCAAAGAAAACAAGUAAAUCAGUAAUUGAUACAACGAAGAAAACAACUGGUGCGCCUAAAGUAGCUGCUAAAAGUAGUUCUUCUAGUAGUUCUAGUAGUACUGCUGCAGUAACUAAAUCAAAACUGCCAAAAGAUAGAGAAGUUAAACCAGCUCCAGUAACGAAAGGUACGAAAGCAAAGGAGACUAAAAAAGAAGAUACUAAAAAAGUUAUGGAGAGCACUAAAGGUGCGGUGAAAGGUGCUUUAAAAGCAACUAAAGCAGCACUUACACCUAAAACAAAAGAUAAAGCUGCUACUGCUUCAACCGAAACUAAAAAGGAAACUUCACCUACAAAGCCAACGAAAACAGGUGUAGCAACCAAAGGUACUAAAGUAUUCGGUGUCAAGGGUACUGGUAAAGGUGCUCUUCAAAAAACUCCUUCGGUGACUAAAAUUGCUCAGGAUAUUAAAACUGGCAUAAAAGAUACAAAGGAUAAAGCUACAAGUAAAGCAAAGGAGACAGCUUUAAAGGUAGAGGAAGAUGUAAAAACUGAAGUUGAAAUUGUGGAAUCUAAAGUUACAACUGCUCGCGAUGAUGUUGAAGAUAAAGUUAAAGAAAGCAUUUCUGAUGUAAAAGUUGCUGUUCACGAUAUUAAAGUUGAAAUAGAAAAUAAAGUUGAUGAAAUUAAAGCGGAAAUACCCAAAGUCCAAUCAGAAGUUGACUUAAAGAUCAAAGAAAUUGAUGAGGAUAAAACUAAAUUGGCUGACGAUUUGGAUAAAACUGCUGAGCAACUGCAAGGUACUAAAGAUGUUAUCUCCGAAAGUAUAAAAGACGCAAGUGCUGAAAUGUCUGAUGCUGUAGAAAUUCAAACAAAACAGUUAACUGAUGAUGUAAAGGAUGCAACUGAUGUUAUUGAUGCGAAAUUAGAUGAAAUUAAAGACAAAUCUGAGCAAAUAAUCCCAGCUUUAGUUGAAACAAGUUCAAGUAUUGAGAAAACUGCGAAGGAUACGAAGAAAGGCUUUCUUGGCAAACUCAGUGAGAAGAUCUCUGGAAAAUCUUCACAAGAAGAAGUUGAAAUUAAAACAACUGACGUUAAACAAACUAAAGACAAACCCAAGAAAGGAAUUUUGGGAAAAAUUAGUGAUAAAUUCUCUUCAAGUAAAGAUAAAGUUGAAGAGAGUAUUACUGAUGUUGUGCAAGAAGUUAAAGAAGAAGCAAGCGAUGUGAAGAAAAUUGUAACUACAGAAAUUGAGGAAGACGUUGAUAAAGCAAAACACCUUGGAACUGAAAAAACUGUAGAUUUGGCUGAAAAAACCGUAGAUGCGGCUGAUAAAAUGAUAACUGCAAUAUCUGACGAUGUUCAAACAAAACAGAAAGAUUUAACAUCUGAUUUUAUUGCGCAAGAAAAGGAGGCAAACAAACAUCAACAAUCAGUAAUGGAUCAUGCAAAGGAUGUUUCUGAUGGGGUUCUACAAAAAGUUGACACAGAAAAAGCUAAAAUUGAAGAACUAUCCGCAGAGGUCCAGGCUAAAGGUGACAAGACUAUUUCCGAAGUGACAACAACUGUAAAAGAAGAGUUAGUUCAUGAUGUUCAAGCAGUUGGUGAAGCUUUGGAAGAUAUUAAAUCAUCAGCAAAAGAAGAAAAGAAAGGAUUCUUAGGAAAACUUAGCGACAAGAUAAGUAGCAUUGGUAGCAAAGAAGAAAAAGUUGAGAAAAAAUCAAAGGGAGGUAUAUUUGGAAAACUUGGAAGCAAAGAUAAAGAAAGGGAGAAAUCUGAACCUAAAGAGUCCGAUGAUAUAACAACAAAGAUCGCAGCAGUAAAAGAUUCAUUCACUAACGGUGUAGGAUCAGUAUCGACCAGUGUUAAACAAACCGUAGAACAGAAAGCUGCCGAUUUAUCAACUAUUGACGAUAAGAAGCAAGAAUUAAAAGAAUCAACUGACGAAGCCGUGAUUGUAAUUGAUGAGAAGGUUUCUAAAGCAAAGGAUAAAACACUUGACGAGUUACAAAAAUUGGAGGAUUCAGUGUCUUCUAAGGUACAAGAAACACAAAAAGAUGCAGAAGAAACAGUUAUUGGUUUGCAAGAAUCUCUAGAAGCUGUUAAAACAGAAGUUAAAGAACAGAAAGAUGCAACUUUGGAUGCUGUGAAAGACUUAAAAGAUGAUGCAGAGAAAAGUCUUAGCAGUACAAAGGCAGAGGUAAAAGAAACAAUAAUUGCUACUGAACAGAAAGUCUCCGAUAAAGUUGAUGAAAUCAAAAAAGACAUUGAAAAAUCGAUAGAAAAGGAUACACAAAAGAUAAUUGAUGCAAAAGGUUCUGUAAAAGAAGAUGUAUCCAAAGUAUCAUCUGAUAUUCAAAAGAAAACAACCGAGCAGCUUGCGAGUAUUAAAGAUGGUGUUGAAGAAACAUUAGAUAAAACUAAAGUUGCUGCAGAAACCGCAAGCAAAGAAAUCAAAGAAGAAAGCAAAGGAUUCUUUGACAAACUCAGUAGUAAGUUGAGUAAAAAAUCAAGUGAUGACGAAAGUUCUAAGGAUAAAGAUGAACCUAAAAAGAAGAAAGGAAUCUUUGGUAAAUUGACAAAAGCUGACACUAAAGAUAAAGAUGAUAAAGAAAAAGGUAAAAAUGUGUCAUUUAGCGGUGUCACUGAAAGUAUUUCAGACAAAAUCCAAGAUGUUAUCGAGAAAACUGAUGAAGGAAAGGAACAACUGAAGUCAGACAUCAGUGACGCAAAAUCAACCGUUCAGAAGAAAAGUGAAGAGGUAGCUGAAGAUUUAAAAGAUUCAGUCAAAGAAAUAGAGACUGGUCUUAGUGAUGCAGUAAAAGAAGCAGAGUCCAAGAAAGUGCAAGUAAUUGACACAGGAAAAGAAAUUUCCAAAGAUAUUAAAGAUUCGGCAGAGACAACUGUAGCUGUCGCUGCUGAAAAGUUGUCAGAAAUUAAAGACACUGUCACGACAACUGUUCAAGAGAAAGACGAAAAAUUAAAACAAGCCAUUCAAAAUGAAAAAGAUGCAUUGGCAAAGAGUGUCACGGCGACCACAUCUGAUAUUAAACAGAAAGCUUCAGAUGCGGCAGCUAAAUUGGAUGAUAGUAUGGAUAAAACAAAAGCAGACGUUUCUGAAUCUGUUGAUAAGGUAAAAGAAGCUGCAGAUAAAUUGAUCACCGACCUAAAAGAUGAACCAAAAGGCUUCUUUGACAAGUUGAGUAGUAAAUUAAGCAGGAAACCGUCCGAUGGUGAUAGUGACAAAGAACCCAAAAAGAAGAAAGGCAUUUUUGGAAAACUUACCAAGAAAGAUAGUAAGGAUAAAGAAGAACUUGAUUACACUCCAAAAACUCGACCUACUUCAAACAUUGGUGUUCCGCAGCUAGUAUCAGAAAAUAUUCAAGAAGUGGUGAAACAAGCAGAAGAUACCAAAGAAAAACUAAAAGAACAAGCUGAAAAGCUAACAGAUGGUGCUAAAACUACAAUUGACACAACUGUUGAAAAAGUUGAAAAUGUGGAAGAAUCAUUGAGUGGAAAAGUAAAAGAGGAAAUUAUAAAAACGGAAUCUCAAGUGGAGGAUGUUACAAAGACUGUUGACAGUAAAAUCGAAGAAAUUAAACGUGAAACUGACAAGCUUACAGAAGUUGCUAGUGAAAUAAAAACUGAUACUGAAACAAAAAUAUCUGAAACGAAAGAAAGUCUUCAAAGUGAAAUGGAUUCAAUUAAAAAAGAGACAAAAGAGCAAAUAACAAUUGUUGAAGAUACAGCUGAUAAAAUUGUUUCAGAAAAUGUAGAAAAAGCUAAAGCAUCUGCUAUAGAAAUAACAACAGAUGUCAAAGAAGAAACCAAAGGUAUCAAAGAAGAAGCUAAAGGUUUCUUUGAUAAACUCGGCAGUAAACUAGGUAUAAAAUCCGAUGUUGAUUCAACCACAGAUAGCGAAAAAGAACCAAAAAAGAAAAAGGGAAUUUUUGGAAAAUCAUCCAAAAGUAAAGAUCAAGAUGACAUCAAAGACACUACCGAAAGUUCAUUAUUAGGAAAAGUACCUCAAGUUAUCUCAGAGAAGGUUCAAGAAGUUGUCGAACAUACACAAGAAACAAAAACGAAAUUAGAAGAGAAAAGUGAAACUGUCAUUGAUGCUGUAAAAACAGAAAUUGAAAAAACUGAAAAAGGCGCGGAAAGCAUAAAGAAAACUAUUGAACACACAGAAGAAAAAUUAAGUGACACUAUUAAAGAGAAGGCAUUAUUAACUGAAGCUACAAUUUCUGAAGUUGUAAAACAAGCAGAUGCAACUGUUCAGAAACUUACCAGCGAAGUACAAGACAUUAAAGAAACAAGCAAAUCCAAACUUGAUUCAAGUGUGUCAGAUAUUAAAGAAACUGUGCAGAAAAAAUUAGACGAUGGCAAGGAAACAACAGAAUUGAUAAAACAAGAACUUGUUAAUAUCAAAGAUUCGGCAGAACAUACAACCUCGGAGAUUAAGGAAGAAACCAGUAAACAAAUAACAGUAAUCGAAGAUGUUGCUACUAAAACUAAAGAUGAUAUUAUUCAAACUACUGACAAAGUCAAAGAAUCAGCAGAAACGUCGAUAACCAAUGUGAAAGAAGAAGCUAAAGGAUUUUUCGAUAAGUUCAGCAGCAAAUUGAGCAAAAAAUCUGCUGAAAGUGAGUCGGCGAAAGAAACUGAGAAAGAACCAAAAAAGAAAAAGGGCAUUUUUGGUAAACUUGGAAGGAAAGACAGUAAAGAAAAGGAAGAAACCAAAGAAUCUGUAAAAAUUACAAGCGGAAUAGUAGGUGACUUACCAGAAGUGAUUACACAAAAAGUUACAGAAAUAGUUGAUAAAGCGGAAGAAACAAAAGAGCAAGUUAAAGACAAAAAAAAUUACAAAAAACCGAGACAGCUAUUGAUAGCAUUAAAACUGAAAGUCAAAAAAAUAAGUGAAGAAGUAAUUGAAUCUUCUAAAUUAGAAGUAGAAAAGAAGGCUUCAGAAAUUAAUGGCACUGUCACAUCUACUAUUGAAAAUAUUGAAGAUAAGAUAAGUUCGGCCAAACAAGAAGUAGUUGAUACAAAAGUUUCUAUUGAAAAAUCGUUAGACGAUACCGCUGCAGAUAUAGAGAAGAAAGUUUCGGAGAAAACAUCAGACAUUGUUCAAUCUAUUGAAACAACGGUUUCAGAAACUAAAGAAGAAGCUAAAGGAUUCUUUGAUAAACUUUCCAAUAAAUUAACUAAAAAAUCUAGUGAAGAGGAGUCAACAAAACCGUCAGACAAAGAACCUAAGAAGAAGAAAGGUAUUUUUGGCAAGUUGACAAAAAGAAGCAGCAAAGAUAAAGGUGACGAAGAAGAAAUUCUAACUGAGACAGUUUCAGCAGGUGUAAGCGCAUCUCAGAAUAUUGUUGAUCAAGUUAAAUCAGAAGCAACUAACACAAUUGAAGCAGCAGAACAACUUAAAGAAGACGCAUUACACGCUGUGGAUAAAUCUACGACAUUGAUUAAGGACACUACUCAUAGUGUUCAAUCACAAAUUGAAACUAAAGUUAAUGAUAUUAAAAUGGCAGAAACUGAGUUUGCUAAGAAGAUGAGUGAGUCUAUCAGCAAUGUUGAAGCCAGUGUAUCGGAUGCUGCACAACAAAUUGACACAAUGGCAAAGGACACUGUUAAAAGUACCAUGGAGGUCAAAGAUGAUUUAAAAGAAGAAAGUAAAAAUGUAAUUGACUCAAUUGCAACAACGACAUCUGAUAUAAAGGAUACUGUAAAAGAAGACAAGGAAAAAUCUAAAGAAGCAACAAACGUCGCUAUUCAAAAGGCGAUUGAUACAAAAGAUUCUGUAUCACAUACUAUAACUGAGACAGCGUCAGAUAUUAAACAGGAAACAGUUCAGCAACUUGCAGAUACCAAAGAUAGUACCAAAGCUGAUAUUGCACAAGCAGCUGAUAAAAUUCAAGAGUCUGUAAGUGGCGCGGUCACAGAGGCGAAAGAGGAAACUAAAGGUUUCUUUGAUAAAAUCAGUAACAAACUAACUAGAAAGUCAAGCGAUGGAGAUUCAGCCAAAGAUUCCGAAAAGGAUUCUAAAAAGAAAAAGGGCAUAUUUGGUAAACUGGGCAAGAAAGAUAGUAAGGGUAAAGAUGAUGAACUGACGAAAGACACUAGCACCGAACUUAAAGAACAAAUUGUAUUGGGUGUACAAAAGACAGCUCAAAAGAUUGAAUCAGAUAUUGUACAGACCAGUGCAUUUUUACAAAGUGAAAGUGCUAGUGCAUUAGAAAGUGCGUCAAAAUCUAUUGAUACAACUGUAGAUAAAGGAAAAGGUACAGUAGAAGUCACAGAAAAACUCAUAACAGAAAAAGUUCAGCAAGUUGAAGAAGGAGCUAAAGUAACUGUCGAUGAUAUUACUAAAACGGUAAAAGAUGAAAAGAAAGGUUUCUUCGAAAAAAUUAACGAUAAAUUAAGCGGAAAGUCAGACCAAGAAACUUCAAAAGAUGAUGAAAAGGCGGAUAAAAAGAAGAGAGGGCUUUUAGGUAAAUUUACAAAACGUCGCAGUACAGAACAAGAGGAAGAAAAGGAAGAAACAAAAGAAGCAAGCGAGUCGAAAAAAGUCGACGAUGAUGACAACAAAACCAAAAAAGGUUUUAUUGAAAAACUAACCGAUCGUUUCAGUGCUAAAUCACUCGAUGAAGUAGUUGUAGCAGAUCAAAUUAAGGAAGUGGUGGAUGAGACAAUACCAGAUACGUCUACAGAAAGUACAGAAGCUAAACCAGCAAAACGAACACCAUUAUUCCGCAUUGAAUCUGAAGAAGAUUCUGCUGAAGUUAAUUUACAAAGACGCGCUAGCAUAAAAUCAAAUAUCUUAGAAAAUCUGACCGAACAAAAUCUUGAAGCGUUAGUUACCGAUUUAGACUUAAACCGGUCAGAGUUACAAAGUGAUUAUUUCACUGAGAAAUUAGAGAAUAAACUUGACGAUUUAGAAAAAAUAGUUGAUGAUCUCGAAAGACGAGAAUCAAUCACCGAUAAAGAGGAGAAAAUCGACGGGAAACUAAAACGAGUUGAACGAAAAUUCGAACGAAUGGCAUCUGAUACCAUUGAGAAAGAAAUACAAGAGGCUAAAAAAUCGAAUAUUACGACACCGGAAUUCGAAGAGAAGCGUGAAAGCGAGUUUCAGAAAGUCGUGUCGCAGCUGAGCACUGAAGAAGUGUCCGAAUUCCAAACGGAUUACGCCACUUUGUGGGACGAGCAAACAUUCUCGCACACGGACGAAUGGGGUUCUAAAACACCAGAGAGCCAAGCAGACGUAACAGAACUCCCGCAAGGUGAGAUUGUAUACAUGGCGCCCGUUAAGUUAAACAAAGACAAUUUAGUAAAUAAAGCGGGCAUUGAGGUAGACGUCAUACCUCGAAUGCCCAGUCCGUAUGCCUCACCGAAACUGAAACGCAAAAAAAAGAGCAAACGCGCAAAGUCUGAACUCGGCUUUGACACCGCUGAGCUACGACAGCGAAUUGGCGAGGACGGUGGCAGCCUACCCGAUUUAUACACGGGUACCUCUCGAGGUACCCUCAUGGACACGAUACUUACAAUGAGUCCGCAGCGAUUCCUUUGCAAAAGCAAAAAAGGUCAAAGCACUGUCUCGCUUAAUUUCUGGCCUAAAGACGAGCCCGAUACGAGUGUAAUUUCACGCUCACUGGGCAGCUCGGACUCAUUUUCGAAAGGACACAUCAUGGAUGCCGUCGUUGACUGGUUGAACCAACAGUCAAUAUCAGGGUCCAUGGAUACUAUGAAUCAAAAUUCAAGUUUCUAUGAUGACAACGAAUCCUUACAGUCUUCCCUAAUUUCCGAACGCAACAGUUCAAGGGCUGAUAACGCCGUACCCGACAUUUUUAUAUCUGAAGACGAAGCGCUGAUUAUUUACAGUCACGUACCACAAAGUGACAGAAUAGAGCGCAAUUUAGAAGCCACCAACGUACCACUAAUACCAACAUCAUCACCUUCAUCUGAACUAACAUCAGUACCACAAGCUAAACCACGAAUAACCACAACUAAUCUCCCUGAAAAACAAGAAACUGAUCCCGAACCACUAACAAGCAAGGAUUCAGACAUAACCGAUGAUAAAUGUGAGACUGAGAUUGAAAGCUAUUCCGAUCGUAAGAAAUUCUGGGAAACCGUUAGUAGUCAACCAACUGAUGUUAGUGCAGUGAAGAAACGCAUGAGUUUAUUUGAAGAAUCUACGACAUCGAAAAUCACCCCGUUGAAGCGAACGUCCAUUCAUGAAGUACCAAUUCCGAAACCUAGAUCUACUGUGCAAUCUGCUCAAAGCGUUGAUGUUCCGUUUGAUGAAACUAAAGAAGACAUUCCUGCCGAUCUGGUGUCCGAAUACAAAGCCUCAUUCAUGGAUCCGUCACAACAAUCACCGCCCAAGAAAGAACCAUCGACUGAUCAGCACAUGGUUCCGGCCGAUAGUGUAGAUUCUGACAAUGAAAGUUCCAUACAUCAAAAUGUAUCAAGUAGUUACGACAACACCGGCUACAUAUCCGAUAGUGGAGAUGUUGAACAUUAUAUCUCCGACUCGGAGAUUGAAGACCGAGUUCCACAAAUUCGAGAGAGGCAAAUGAGCGUUUUCCAACCGCCUUCAGUUGGCCGCCGUAGUAUUUAUGAACGAUCAUGUUCAUUGCCAACUGAAGAUUUGUACGAAGUAUCCGCGAAAAGCAUUCAGCUACGUAAGCAGUAUUAUGAAGAACAAAUUAAAAAAGAUAUGGUAGAAGAUGAACUUAUGACUGAAAUUCAGGAAGAGGAUCUUGAACCUGAACAUAAAAAACUAGAUAUUCCAUUUGGGGAAGAAGAACCGAGUACGGUAAAGAGUGUUCCAGAACACAUAGAUUUUGGUGCCAAUAUUAAAUCUGUUAAGGUAACUGAAGUUGCUGAAGCGUUAAUCCUAGACGAUGAUUAUGACACAAAAGUUGAACAACCAACGGAAUUCAAACCAUCACCAGUUAAAGACAUAAUUAAUUUUGAAGAAGUUGUGAGACCCGAUAUGUACGAAAUUUACAAACCCAAAGAGUCUGAUGUUAACGUAGACGAUGGAGAUUCACGGCCGAGCGAUUCAAUGGAAGUUCAUGUUGAUAAAAGUGAACUGGAAGAAUCCGAAAAGAUGACUGAUGUGGAAGGAACCGACAUGGAAAGUAAAUCUAUAGAUUCCGGAGAUAUUACUGAACUUUCACCGAAAACUUUGUAUUACCAAGAUGAUAUCCCAGAAAUUACUAUUAGCUUAUCAGGAAAACAACGUAGGAUAAGUGAGGAAAGUGAUGACUCUGUAGAAAAACCAGUUCAGGAUAUUGACAUAAAAACUCCGAUUAAAGAAAGAUCAGAAGUUACUUCACCUAUCAAUCAACCUGAAGAACAUAUUCAGGAUACUAUCUGGGAAGUUUCCGUACAAAGUGAACAACCACAAGUAUUUGAAGAGCAAGUUGCGGAACUAAAAACAUUGGAAGGACAGACUUUAGCUGAGAAGGAUGAAGAUUUUAGUAGUGUUCGUGAUGAAUCUGAUUUAGGCUCUGAAAUUCACCAAGACCAUUCAGAAUCUUGUUCUGAAUCAAAAUCUCAUAGUCAAGCAGAUAUAGAAAAAUUGAUCUUAGAGAGUUUACAUUACCAAAAGAUAUCUCCGGAAGAAGCUCAAAUUAUUGCUGGCGAAUUAAUUGCUGAUAUUGAAUCAGAAAUUCAGAAGCGUCACGCGGGUGAAAUAGUUGAACCACCCGCACCAGAAGUAGCAAAAAAAUCAAAUUUCAGACUAUUUACGACAAUUGGCCGAAGCGAAAGGAUUAGAUUCCCGUGA